AAUAAACUGGGUUCGUCAAGCUUCGUCGUAAAUCUGGCUAGGGUUUCUGGCUGCGGCUUUCGCGCUCUUUGAAUUUCGCCACGAUUUCGCCACUCUGCUCCGUAGCUUCGUUCAAGAGCUUGAACCAUGGCGGAACAAACUGAGAAGGCUUUUUUGAAGCAGCCAAAAGUGUUUCUAAGCUCAAAGAAAUCUGGGAAGGGAAAGAGGCCUGGAAAAGGAGGGAAUCGCUUUUGGAAGUCUGUUGGACUUGGAUUCAAGACUCCCAGGGACGCUAUUGAAGGCUCUUACAUUGAUAAGAAAUGCCCCUUCACUGGCACUGUUUCUAUCAGGGGUCGUAUUCUAGCUGGCACCUGUCAUAGUGCUAAGAUGACAAGAACCAUUAUUGUUAGAAGGAACUACCUUCAUUUUGUCAAGAAGUACCAGAGGUAUUCCCUCUCAUCUGGCUGUUAUGCUCAUUUUUCAUUUUAUUUGGCCUUUGCAGCAUUGUUUCGGCUUAACUUGUAAUUUUCAUAUGUUUUUCUCACUUCUGUCUUGUAAAUAUUUAGGUAUGAGAAGCGGCACUCAAACAUUGCAGCUCACAUAUCACCUUGCUUUCGUGUAAAGGAAGGUGAUCAUGUGACCAUCGGCCAGUGCAGGCCACUCUCAAAGACUGUGAGGUUCAACGUAUUAAAAGUGAUCCCGGCUGGAUCUUCUGGUGGUGUGAAGAAGGCAUUUACUGGAAUAUGAUAUAUGAUUAUUAUUUAUGUUUGUAGGGGUACGAAAUUUGGGGUUUGGAGCAGCCUCUAUUUUGAGCCUUUUGUUUUUGAAAUUGACCAUAUACUAAUUUAAUCAAUUUUGGAGUUCUUUCUGGUUUUGGUUUGUGAAUGUUUAAGUGCUGAAGAUUAUGAGCUUUUUAUAUAGAAGAUCGUUAUUUAAUUUUAA